UCAUUCAUCUGCGUAGACAUUGACAGACGUUAAUAGACAGGGAUUUCCAGGAAAUUCCAGUGCUUCAGGAAAAGUGUUCUAGAUAAAUACUUUUAGUAAAGUGCAUUAUUUAACGAUAAACAGUCGUUUUUCUCAUUAUUUAUCGCAGGAUAUUUUGCAAGCUGCUGAACAUUGAGGAUGGCCUAUAACUACAACCAAGGACCGUAUGCAGGGCAACAACAGCCCGGCUAUGGCCCACAACCAGGCGUCUAUCCGCCUCCUCCGCAAGGAUAUCCUCAGGGCGGCUACCCCCAACCAGGCGGUUACCCAAGUGCGCCCCAACCGGGUUUCCAGCCUCCUCCCUAUGGGGAUCCGUAUGGGGGGGCCAACCAAGGUGAAGCAUUUCCGUUUAAUUCUAACAACGCACAUGAUGGAUAUGGAGGCUACGAUGCUGAAGAUCCCGAAGUCAAAGGCUUCGACUUCUCAGACCAAUCGAUCAGACGUGGAUUUAUUCGAAAAGUCUACUCUAUUCUGAUGGUUCAGCUCGCCAUCACCAUGGGCUUCAUCGCGCUGUUGUGCUACGAACCGAAAACCAAAGCCUUCGUCCACAACACGCCCAGCUUGUUCAUUGUGGCUCUUGUGGUGAUGAUCGUUGCAAUGAUCACAUUGGCAUGUUGUGGAGAGGUCAGAAGAAAGGCUCCUAUUAACUACGUGAUGCUGUUUAUAUUCACCAUAGCGGAAGGGUUUUUAUUGGGCGUCAGUGCCAGCACUUACAAGCAGGAUGCUGUGCUGAUGGCUGUUGGUAUAACUGCGGCGGUUUGUUUGGCUUUGACUCUGUUUGCCUUUCAAACGAAGUACGAUUUUACCAUGAUGGGUGGGGUUCUGUUGGUUGCCGUCAUCAUUCUGUUGGUGUUUGGUAUUGUGGCAAUGUUUGUGCACAACAAGAUCGUGCAACUGGUGUAUGCCUCCCUAGGGGCUCUGAUCUUUUCCAUCUACUUGGUCUACGACACUCAGCUGAUGAUGGGCGGCAAGCACAAGUACAGCAUUUCUCCCGAAGAAUACGUCUUUGCCGCUUUGAAUCUGUAUUUGGAUAUUGUCAACAUCUUCAUGUACAUUUUGGCCAUUAUUGGCCAUGCCCGGGAUUAAUCGUUUCAUCUUUCGUUGUUUCUUGUUUUAUUUUCAGCUCUACAAUGAUUCUUGUAUAAAUAUUGUUUAGUAGACCACAGGAGCAGUUCGGGUUAAGGGAACAACGCGGAUUGGAGAAUUUCGUUUGACUAAUUAUUCUGCUGAGAGCGUCUCCAAGAUAUUAUCGUUUUAUUGCUGAAAGCAAAGCGCCUCGAAAACUAUCAAUAAUCAGCAUUUGUUUAGGUUACUUGAACAAGUCUGGCCUGUACUGAACGUCCUUGCAAAAGUUUCUCAGUAUAUUAAAAAAGCGAUAAUAUUACUUUUAGUCCUUAGAUUAAGGGGUUUCCAUACUGUAUGCAGAAAUUCCGUACGUAUGUGAUAAGUUUGUAUUUAAUGUAUUAUUAUUAAUCCACUUAACUACAAUGAUCGGUUUCUAGUGGGAUGUGCAUCUUAAAGGUAGCUCUGGCACAAACCACACACUUGGAACGAACAGUUCUAUUGUUAACCGCUUAGUCUCAUCUAGAAUUAUAUGUUAAUUAUGCCAGGUUACAUACAGUACAUCUGCUGUGAAAAUAUAUGUUUAAUAAAGUU